ACACAUUUCCUAUCAAUACACAAUUCAAAAAUGCAUUCUUAUGGAAAUAAUCAGGCUCAAACAAGAGCUAUGAGAAAGAGAAAUGAAGAACUAUAAAGUAAAUAGCACUCUAAGAGUAAGGUGCAGUAACUCAGCAGAGGUAAAUAGACAUCCGUCAAUAUUUCUAUGUCAAACUUCGGAAAAGGGCAGGAAACACUUUAAAGUGCUUAUAUCACAUAAAUUAGAUCCUCAUAUCUUCUUCAUUAUCUGGACUACUUAUUUUUCCAAUUUUAUGUAAGUGUUAUCACGAGGAUGGCCGUAUGAGUGUGGCAGCUGAAUACAACCAAGGUAUGUGAGAUCAUCUCAUAUAUGUGCCUCAAGGGACAUUCUUUACCCUAUUGUCUUGAGUCAAUUUACACUUCUCCUUGAAGCUAUCUCCAAAAUGCCUUUUAUAAGAUUGCUUUAAAGUAAUGACUGUCAGGACUGAGAUUUACUGAUUUUUUUCCCUCCAUAUCAGUGCUUUUUAGCAGAUUCUAUGAUACUUGAGGAUCAGAAGUCAUCCUAGUUGCUGAAGAAUUAACCUCAAGAUGCUUUUCUGACCAUUAUUAAUUUACAAUACAUGCAAUGGACUUCUGUUUCAAAGGCUUAUGUGCUGUAAAGAUAAAGCAACUGCUAUGUAUUAUUGUCAUUGCAAUUGCUGUUCUAGUUUUUUCUCAGACCACAUCACUUGAUGAACACUACUUGCCAAGUUUGUCACAUACAAAUGGGGGCAUUUUAACUUUUAUGGUCAGCAGCACAAACCUGUCUAAUAUACCAAAAUCAGACAAUGCGUAUAACAUUCAUGAGGUGUUUAGUAAUGCUAAUACUCCUGACUUGGAUGAAGAAGUUUCUAGUGAGAAGGACACAUACAAUGUCACUUCAUUAACUGGUGUGGGGGACAUAAUUGCUUUAACUGGAAUAGAGGAAGGAAAUUUAAAACUCGUUGCAGCAAAGCCGGUCAAGGGAGACACUGAUGCUGCCAGGAAUAUUAACUCAAGAGCAAGUGCUGGUUCACACCAUAUAAAAAGCAGCAAUCAAACAGGUUUUGGCCCCUCAAAUCAGUUGUUACCAAGAGAUUUAAAGUUUAUUGGUCAAGAAUCUGGAAGUUUAGGUGUAUCUGAUGUGAUCAACACAUCUCCCACACAUGAUGACAAAGUACACUUGGAAACCCAACGUACAAAUAAAGAUAAUGAAUUAUUGCAAACUGGUUCAUAUAUGUCAAACCUCAGCACAAUGGUGGCUGGUGCCUCUGGCUUUAGAAAGAGGGGAGGAAAACCAACAUCGAUCUUCCAGAUGAAUUCAUUAUUGUUGAAGAAUUCUGCUUCAAUGAUGGCAAUGAGGCCCCUUUUGUCUUCUACACGUGAUAAGGAACUUCAACAUGCGAAACUUGAGAUUAAAAAUGCUCCUAUCAUAAGGAAUGUCCCUGAAGUCCAUGCUUCUCUUUUCCGAAACUAUUCCAUGUUUAGAAGGAGCUAUGAAUUGAUGGAACGCAUGCUCAAAGUUUAUGUCUACAGGGAAGGGGAAAAACCAAUUUUUCAUCAACCACAUUUACGGGGCAUUUAUGCUUCUGAAGGAUGGUUCAUGAAACUGAUGGAGGGAAAUAGACAAUUUGUUGUGAGGGAUCCCAAAAAAGCUCUCUUGUUUUACAUGCCCUUUAGUUCACUAAAGCUAAGGAAUGCACUUCAUGAGCCAAAUUUCUCCAGUCAAAAGGAUCUAGAAAAUCAUCUGAAGAAUUAUGUAGACACUGUUGCAAGAAGAUAUCGUUUCUGGAACCGAACUAAAGGAGCAGAUCAUUUUGUUGUUGCUUGUCAUGAUUGGGCCCUACGGUUCACGAGGAAAAAUUUAGGAAAUUGUAUCAGAGUUUUAUGUAAUUCCAACAUUGCUAGAGGCUUUAACAUUGGGAAGGAUGUCUCUUUGCCAGUAACCUAUAUUCGCUCUGGAGAGAACCCUCGGAAGGAUAUUGGAGGAAUUCAUCCUUCGCAGAGAACUAUUCUAGCCUUCUUUGCUGGAGGGAUGCAUGGAUUUGUCCGUCCGAUCUUACUGCAAUAUUGGAACAACAAGGAACCCGACAUGAAGAUCUUUGGGCCAAUGCCUCGUGAUAUCGAUGGUAAAGCAAGAUACAGAGAGUUCAUGAGAAGCAGUAGAUAUUGCAUUUGUGCUAAGGGCUAUGAAGUCCACACGCCACGUGUUGUGGAAUCCAUAUACUAUGAGUGUGUGCCUGUGAUUAUAUCUGAUAAUUAUGUACCCCCAUUCUUUGAUAUUUUAAAUUGGGAAAUGUUUGCACUAUUCAUUUUAGAGAAAGAUAUUCCCAAUCUGAGGAGCAUACUUCUAUCGAUUCCAGAAGAUAAAUACAUGAUGAUGCAGCAAAGAUUAAAAAUUGUUCAGCAAUAUUUUGUUUGGCACAAAAUUCCUGAGAAGUAUGACUUGUUUCAUAUGAUCCUUCACUCAGUUUGGUACAAGAGAGUUUUCCAGGUAAAAUCUUUAUGAGGAUUUGUCAGAGUUGAAAUCUAUGUGUGCUCUAUAGUCCUUGAAGUGCAAGAAUGAUGAGACCAAGAGACCCAAAUUUGUCAUGAAUCUUAAACAUGCUUUCAACUGAUUGAUGAGGUCGAAUGGAUUGAAAUCUGUUACAUCCGUUCAUCCUGCUACUAGCUAGUAGUUGCGGAACUAGCGAUACAAAACCUGUAGAGAGUCAAGAACCAUGAUAAACCGGUACGCUGUUCUUCCGUCGGUAUAA